UAGCGGUACUGAACAUCCAGCAGGACUCUCGCUGCGUUGAGUCCGUAGUUCUCCGAAGCUCUGCCGACUGGAGGGAUGUGACCCCGGAACAGGACGCCUCUCCUACAACAACACACCAUUCAAACAGAGCAUAGAAGAAAGAAAAGCUGGACCAGGAGGGAGCCACAGGAGCAGGGGGGAUGAACCGCGAGGAGGCCCCGGGGAAGUCUCCUGAAGACAUGUACGUCCAACAGAAAGUGCGGGUCCUGCUCAUGCUAAAGAAAAUGGGAUCAAAUCUCACGCCCAGUGAAGAAGCUUUUCUCCGGAAUUACGCAGGUGUGGUCCACAGUCAGAUGAGCCAGCUACCACAGCACAACAUAGACCAGGGUGCGGAGGACGUGGUGAUGGCGUUCUCGCGGUCAGAGGCGGAGGACCGGCGACAGUGACCCUGGGCCCCCCCUUUCCACCCCACUGCAUCUCUCCCCCCCCCCCCAUUCCCGCACGUCAUCCACAGCAACUCCACAAACACGACACUGAUGAGCUCUGGAGAGGAGGGGCGCCCGGGAGGGACAGAAGAGGAGGGGAAGAGACACCGGGAGGUGGCUGCCUCGCUUCCCCCCCGAACCCCCCACUCCCCAGCCUCCUCAUACAAGCUGGCGCACCAUUACCUGAGAUGCACUCAAGUGCUUCGCUGUGGGUUGAAGCCUCAGCAACAAGGCAGUCAGUGAACACACUCACAGAUUGUGUGGAUAUAUAUCAAAUGUAGUUCUUUUUUCUUUUUGGUGGGUUGGUUUUGUUUCGUAUUAUUUUGUCUGAGUCUUUAGGCAGUGUUACAUGUUAUAUCUGCUGUGGUCACUGGAGGAAGUGACCAGUCAGCAGCUAAUUGAAGCAAAGAGAAAAAUAGUUUUGGUCAAACAGCGAGUGUGAUGAUUGAUCGUGUUAGGGGAGAGAUUUUUUAUUAUUUCUGCUUACCCUGAUGGGGCUGAACUUGUUUUUGAUUUAGCUGUUGUGUUAUAAAGGCUUUUGUAUUGUCACACGAGGGGCCUCAUUUAUAAACAUGUUGUGUGUAUAUAUAGAGGCGUGAAAGAUGGGUUCACCAUCUCCCACCUGGAUGUUGGCAUGUUUCUGAAGAGUGUCGACGCGUCUACUUCAACCUGCAUGCUGAAGGCCAAGUAGUCAAAUAUAAUCUAAUGUAAUUAUAACUCUUCCAAUUAAUUUCACUUUAUACCAAUUUCCGCCCUGUUUAUUUAUCACCUGCCACCUAAAAAGUCAGUUGUAGAACGCAGAUGCGCUUAUUGUCUCUUAAUGGCCAAAAAGUAAAGUCUAACUGACUAAAGACCUCAUUUACAUUUUCUCAAGUACAAAUACUAUAAUGAUUUCCUGAUUGAUGUGUGCAUUAACACUCACAACCGGCCACAAUCGUCAUUAAUCAUUCAUGUUUAAUUAUUGCAGUUAAAACGUAGCAGGAUCUCAAGGCCAGUGACGAGCUGCGUUAAGGGAAGGGUCUUUUUUCUUGACUAAUCUUCGCACAGUUUUAUAAAUGAGGCCCCCGUUGUUGUUCUUCUGCUGCUUUAUUUUGAUCCAUAAGCUGUUGAGAGUGCAGCAAUGCUUUUCUCUUGAGGAAGGUGCAAAAGAUUAAAGACACUAGCAGACAUAAUCACAUGAAACACAGUUGUAGACAUUCUCCCCAAACAAACACUGGUUUUGGGUUAUUGUGACAUGUAAAACCUUUUUUUAUUGUACAGAUAGUUGGAAAAAUUGAUUGUGCCAAUUGUAUUUUUUGUUGUUUUUUUAUUUUUUAAUCUGUAAAAUAACAUUAACAUAAUGAUUUAAGAAAAUUGAUAAGAGGCGAGGCGCUUUAGUUGUAAUUUAUUGUUUACUGAAUUGACGUCCUCGAACACAUCAUGAAAGAUGGAGAACCAGUAGAUAGUUUAAUGUCAUCAGCAGUGGCUCUUUGUUCACACUAAAAUCACACAAACUCAAUUUGUAACUGCCUGUGACUAAACACGGGAAGCCAAACUAAAGCUGUGUGCUAUUUCUGACUGUACUGUAUCUCUUGCACUAUUAUCAAUGGGAUAUUUGCAAAAAAUGCAUUUUGAUAUUUAGGGCAGAGAUUUUAUGUUUGGUUCAAUGGAUAAAAGAAAACUUUGUAACCAUGUUUUUAUUCCUUCGGUGAUUUAAAAAAAAAAAAAAAAAAAGUAUCUUCAAUGUGUUAAUU